AUGGACCGUGUGGGAAAGAUUAUGUUUUAUGAGGACAGAAACUUUCAGGGACGAUAUUACGAGUGCACCAGCGACUGUCCCGAGCUCAACGCACACAUCAGCCGCUGCAACUCUGUCCGUGUGGAGAGCGGCGCCUGGGUCCUGUACGAGAGGCCCAACUACCUGGGCUACCAGUACAUCCUGACCCGGGGCGAGUACUCGGAUUACCAGCGCUGGAUGGGCUACAACGACAGCAUCAGGUCCUGCCGGAUCGUACGCAGCGGUUCUGGUGUGUUCAGGAUUCGUGUCUACGAGCGUCCCGACUUCAACGGUCUGAUGUUGGAGUGCAGUGAAGAUUUGAGCGACCUGCCCGAGAACUUCCACGAGGCUCACUCAGCGCAGGUGCAGGACGGCCCCUGGGUCUUCUACGAGCUCCCCAACUACCGCGGACGUCAGUACCUGCUGGAGAGGGGAGAGUACCGCCGCUUCACCGAGUGGGCGGCCAUGAACCCCAACGUGGGGUCCUUCCGCCGCGUCCACGACUUUUAG